GAAGCAUCCAUGCACCACAAUUUCCUUUCCAACCUACUUGCCUCCCUACCUAAGCUUAUAAAACCUGCCCCAGCUCAGACUGAAUCUCCCAACAAACCCAAUCAUCUCUUAUCACUUUUCGCACACCGCACCAAUAACCACUGCCGGUUUCUGCUCCGAUCUAGCUUAUUCUUCUUCGAAUAUAUCAACGUGCGUGCAUAUCUUGUUUCAUGUCGGGCCAGGGCAGAGGAGACCGGACUGUGAAGGUUGUGAUCAUCAACACCAAGUACGUGGAGACGGACGCCAUGAGUUUCAAAGACGUGGUGCAGAAGCUGACCGGAAAAGACUCAAGGGUGGCGUAUGAAGUGCAGGAGCCGCCGCCGCCGCCGCCGGUUACGAAUAACAAGUGUACGUCCCAGUUCAGUAAUUUCAGAGAUCAACGACUGAUCAAUGGGAUUAGGUCUUCGAUGACGAACAGUAACUCAAAUCCUGCUGGAUUAAUGCCUCGCAGUAAUUCAUCAGUUAUGAUGAGGAACAUCUCCUUCAAAGAGUUUGAUAGAUUGUUCAGAGAGAUGCCGCCGAUGGAGGAGUACUUUUGGGCUGAUUAAUUAAUUUUUUGUGUAUAAUUAUUAUUUGUUCAAUAUUAAUAUCUACGUUGCUUACCUGCUAGUAGCUCCUGUAUGGACAUAAUUAAUUAAGUUUUAUUUUUUGAUUUCUGGA